AUGCAAACUUCUGUUAACGCAUCUGGCAUUACAGGAAAGGUUUCUUGUAUUCACAAGAUGUUCAAAAAGUUACUGAAUGUGUUACGUAAGUACAUGAAGUUUAUUGGGCCCGGGUUAAUGGUCAGUGUUGCGUAUAUGGAUCCAGGUAACUACUCCACCGCUGUAGAUGCGGGCGCUAACAACCAAUUUUCGCUUCUUUUCAUUGUUUUUCUAUCAAACGUCAUUGCUAUCUUUUUGCAAUCCUUAUGCAUCAAAUUGGGAUCCGUCACUGGGUUGGAUCUAUCACGGGCCUGUCGCAGAUAUCUCCCAAAAUGGUUGAAUAUCAUCUUGUAUGUUUUCGCUGAAGCUGCCAUAAUUGCAACAGAUGUUGCGGAGGUUAUUGGUACUGCUAUAGCAUUGAAUAUUUUGAUAAAGAUUCCACUGGCUGCCGGAGUAGUCAUUACUGUCAUCGAUGUGUUUUUUGUGAUGCUUGCAUAUAAACCUGGCUCCUCUUCGAUGAAGUUUAUUAGGUUGUUUGAAUUGGCAGUAGCAGCACUCGUCGUGGGUGUAUGUGUUUGCUUUUGUGUCGAAUUGGCAUUCAUUCCUCCCACUUCAGCAGGAAAGGUUUUUAGAGGCUUUCUUCCAUCUCGUAAAAUGUUCGAGAACAAUGGUAUGUAUAUGGCUACAUCCAUCUUGGGAGCAACCGUGAUGCCGCACUCAUUAUUUCUUGGAUCUGCGUUGGUACAACCCAGAUUACUCGAGUUCGAUAUCAAGAAUGGAUACUACGCAGCUGCUUCAAGUGAUGAAGAUUUGAGUGAGAAAUCUGGUGAAGUAGUCAUGGAGAAUACGUACCUGAACUACCGUCCUACUAUGUCUGCAAUCCAAUAUGGUCUGAAAUAUUCCAUUGUUGAACUUGCCGUGACUUUGUUUACUUUUGCAUUAUUUGUAAACAGCGCUAUACUUAUUGUUUCCGGUGCCACCUUAUACGGAUCGCCCGAAGCUGUGGGAGCAGACCUGUAUACUGUUCAUGAUUUACUGUCAAAGAAUUUGGCACCAGUUGUAGGAACUAUUUUCAUGCUUGCUCUACUUCUAAGCGGACAGUCUGCGGGAAUUGUUUGCACCAUGGCAGGUCAAAUUGUGAGUGAAGGGCAUUUACAAUGGAAGAUAAAGCCCUGGAAAAGAAGAAUCGUUACGAGGUGCAUAUCUAUUAUUCCCUGCCUUGUGAUUUCGUUGUGCAUUGGCCGUUCAGCGCUCUCGAAAGCAUUGAAUGCUUCACAGGUUGUAUUGUCGUUAUUACUUCCCUUCCUGGUUGCUCCAUUAAUAUUAUUUACUUGCAGAAAAUCAAUUAUGAACGUGGAUGACACAAAACAUUCUGGUAGAACGAUAAACAUGGCCAAUAAUUGGUUGACAUCAAUAAUCGCAUUUGCUGCUUGGCUUUUCAUCUCAGUCCUGAACGUAUAUGCUAUUGUUCAACUGGGAUUGUCUCACGGUGAUGUAUCAUAA